AUGAGCGUCGGCGGCUCGGACCGCAAUGAGGACUUCCACCAGCAGCUGCGGCUGCAGGAGCUCUACGAGCGGAAGGAGGACGGGGGGGGCGGCGACGAGCCCUUCACCUACACCGACUCCGCCGACGGCACGCAGUACGAGUGGGACCGCGAGAAGAAGGCCUGGUUCCCCAAGGUCACUGAAGAUUUCUUGGCAACGUACCAUGCUAACUAUGGUUUUCCCACUGAAAGCUCCAAUACUUCGGCGUCCGUUGCAAAGACUGAAUCUAAAGCUGCACCGGAUUCCAAGGCCGCCAAGGCUCGGCUGCCGGUAGACGCCAAACCAUCGCAGCUGCUGCCAGCAGACCUUAAACAAAAAGGAGAAAAAAGAAAAGCCGAAGCAGGAUGGUUUCAUGUUGAAGAACAGAAAAAUACAAAUGUUUAUGUGACAGGUUUGCCACCAGAUAUCACAAAAGAUGAAUUUGUAGACGUUAUGUCAAAAUGUGGCAUCAUUAUGCGCGAUCUUCAUACAGAGGAACCAAAAAUCAAGCUCUACAAAGACAAGGAGGGAAACCUUAAAGGUGACGGACUCUGUUGUUAUUUAAAGAGAGAAUCUGUUGAACUUGCGCUGAAAUUGCUGGAUGAAAAAGAAAUCCGAGGGUACAGACUGCAUGUGGAAGUUGCCCAGUUCCAGCUUAAGGGGGAGUAUGAUGCCAGCAAGAAGAAAAAGAAAUGCAAAGAUUACAAAAAGAAGCUCUCUCAGCAACAAAAACUGCUGGAUUGGCGGCCGGAGAAGAAAGAGGGGAGCGUUAGAUUGCGACAAGAGCGAGUUAUCAUCAUCAGAAACAUGUUUCAUCCCAAAGAUUUUGAGGAGGAUCCCUUAGUGCUAAAUGAGAUCCGGGAAGAUCUACGGACAGAAUGUGAAAAAUUUGGUCAAGUAAAGAAAGUCAUUAUAUUUGAUAGGCAUCCCGAUGGAGUAGCGUCCAUAUCCUUUAAGGAAGCCGAAGAGGCUGAUGUUUGCAAACAGGCACUCAAUGGGCGAUGGUUUGGUGGACGGCAGCUCUCCGUGGAAACGUGGGACGGUGUAACUGAUUAUCAGGUUGAAGAAACCUCCCGGGAAAGAGAAGAAAGACUGAAAGGAUGGCAAGAAUUCAUAGGAGAUCCUGACCAAGAACGGCCUAAGAAGCCAUCGGAUGCAAAUUCUUCAGAAAGUGGCCCGCAGCGGGCUGAAAGAGACCCGCCCUCUCAAGAUAACGGGGCCGCUGAAGCUGACACAAAGGCCGAAGCCGCCGAGGGAGGAGAUGCCCACAAAGGAGCCGGCGAAGAUGUCGCGGCGUCCACCGACAGCAGCGGGGCGGGCAGCGACGAAGAAGUAGAGACUUAACGCCACUCACCGCUUGUCGAAAGCAUGAUUGCAGGCUCCCCUCAAGAUCUUUCUUCUCCUUUCCUGAUGCAGUUGCAAGCAUCCACUCCAAUCAAUGAAUAUAAAUAAAUAUAUAUAUA